UCCUUCCUGAGGUGCAGCUGGCUCACACGCCUGGGCCUGCUGCCCCCCGGUCUCGUACUGUCCAAGGUGCCCAGGCAGGCCUCUGUCGGGACCUAGGUCUUCCCUCUCCUGGGGCUUCAGAGGCCAGACGCUCAGCGGUGAGGGGUCCAAGGAAAGUCCUGGGAGACCAGGGAGGCUCUCUGUUCAGUCCCUGCACCCUACCUGGCCUGUGGGAAGCCUCCGGCAGCAGCAAGACUCUGGCUGUUCCAGCUGCUCGUGAGAAUAGCUGCCACCAGUACCCAGGGCAUGACUAGAGGCCAGACCACAGGCCACCCAAAGAAGGCUACCCCACUUAGAUACGCAGACCAUGUGGGGCUCCCGUGAGCUGCUUGUGGCAUGGUGUCUAGUGUUGGCAGCAGGUGGCACUGAGCAUGUCUACAGGCCCAGCCGCAGAGUGUGUGCUGUGGAAGUUUCUGGAGGUCCCAACUUGGAGUCUUUUGUACAGCGUGUAUACCAGCCUUUCCUAACCACCUGUGAUGGUCACCGUGCCUGCAGCACUUACCGAACCAUCUACCGGACUGCCUAUCGCCGCAGCCCUGGGCCAACUCCCACCAGGCCUCACUAUGCCUGCUGCCCUGGUUGGAAGAGGACCAACGGACUUCCCGGGGCUUGUGGAGCAGCAAUAUGCCAGCCUCCAUGUGGGAAUGGAGGGAGCUGCGUCCGCCCAGGCCACUGCCGCUGCCCUGCGGGAUGGCAAGGAGAUACUUGCCAGAUAGAUGUGGACGAAUGCAGUACCGGAGAGGCCAGCUGUUCCCAGCGCUGCGUCAAUACUCUGGGCAGUUACUGGUGCGAGUGCUGGGAGGGGCAAAGCCUGUCUGUAGAUGGGAGGCGCUGCCUGCCCAAGGAGGGACCCUCCCUGGUGGCCCCCAAGCCCACAGCAGGAGUGGACAGCGUGACGAGGGAGGAGGUGCACAGGCUGCAGUCCCGGGUUGAUGUGCUGGAGCAGAAACUGCAGUUGGUGUUGGCUCCACUGCAUAGCCUGGCCUCUCGGGCUACAGAGCAUGGGCUACAAGACCCGGGCAGCCUGCUGGCCCACUCCUUCCAGCAGCUGGACCGCAUUGAUUCACUGAGUGAGCAGGUCUCCUUCUUGGAGGAGCAGCUAGGGUCCUGUGAGUGCCACCCACAAAGAUCCCGGGGAACCCAUGGGGUGGAUGGAACUACACCCCUGGGGAUGGGCAGAUUUGCAAGUUUUCACCCUCUUUCCUCUCCUGCUGUAGGCUCUUGCAAAAAAGAUCUGUUAUAGCAUCUCACCACCCAGGUUGGACUGAGCUGCCACCCCCACAUCCCUGCCAGCCAGAAUUCAGGUGCUAUCUGGUGGUGCCUGUGAGCAGAAAUCCCUGCUUGUCUGUCCCCUUUUCUCAGGUCCUAGGGUUUGGGCAUGGGGAGAGGGGUCUUGUGACUCUCCCAACAGGGCUUUCCAGGAAAGGUACGAGAGCGCCCUGUCCAGAGGUGAGGCGGGGAUUGUCCCCAUCUUUGUCAUAAUAAAGCUGGGACUUGAA